UCUCACUUGCUCAGUUGAAGUACUGUCCGAGACCGACGAUCAGCGUGGUCGACGACCCACAAACGAGAACGAACAGCCACCUAAAAGUGCAUGCAAAACCGUGUAAUAUUCGCUGCAGGUUUGAUACUGAGUGCUGAUGUCCGUGAAUCAGGCCCUCGCUGUUACUUGUUUUGCUGGACAAAAUGUGCCAGUCUCUAUCUUGUCCAACAGCAGGAUCCAGAGCGGGAAAAGGAAUGUACUUCCGACAUAUACAUCGUCCAAGGCCUGCGCGGCGGAGCCACCGAGUCAUGGCAACAACCAGAAUCGGGCGUCAUCUGGUUCCAACAUCUCCUCCCCAAUCACAUCCGCCAUCAGACCAAUGCCGACUCGGCCCGCAUCUGGACAUUUGGGUAUGAUGCCGGUCUCACCUUCCAGGCGGCAACCGUGUACAAGUUGUCUCUCAUUCUCUUGAACCGGGUGAAGGCAGUCAGACAGGGGCAGGAGGUCAAGAGCACACACGCUUCGACUAACGUAUGUAUUUUAUAAGUGAGUGUGCAAUAUAAGUGAAAUGCGCCACGC